GGACCGCUACUCUGACAUCUUAUCAUAGAUAAUUCUCCCCCCUUGUUGGCCUUUUAUUCCCAUUCUCCUUAUUACCAUUUAUCAAACAAUUAUCCGCAAGUAUAGCUUCCUCCUCACCACGGUAUCCCGCAGAAAGGGAAGGAAGGAGAGAGAAAAGAGAGCGAAAAGACCGAAGAGGAAAAGGGAAGGAAAAGGCCAUUUAUGCCUCGAACUUCUCCAACUCCAACUCGACCGCAAAUCUUCCCUCGUUCUUUUUUUCGUUCUCCCUCGCCUCCUCCCCUCUCCGCAUUCGAGCCCGCCAAAUACGCCCACCCCCCGACUGAACGCGGCCAACCAUGCGGUGGACUAAUAUCGGCCUAGUAGGGACCCUAGGUCUCGCGGGGGCCUCAUAUGGCGCCAUACCCCUCGGCGGCGGCAUCAACAGCGAAAGCGACAGCCAGAUCCGGGGAGUCGACGUGUUCGCCGCCGGCAGCGGCAUCCUCGCCGGCGUGAGCGACAGCUUCGCGCAGCUCGAACGGCGGCAGGCGGGCGGCCAGUGCGGCGCCGCGGGCGCCAACGCCAAAUGCCCGGGCAACCUGUGCUGCUCACAGUUCGGCUACUGCGGCGAGGGCGACCAGUUCUGCCUCGCCAUCGUGGGCUGCCAGACCGCGUUUGGCUGGUGCGAGGGCCAGCCGCUCCCCACGCCCAGCUCCGCCGCGCCGCCACCGCCGCCAGCCUCCACCAGCUCCGCCGCGCCCCCGCCACCGCCAGCCUCCAGCACCUCGGCCGCGCCGCCGCCGCCACCACCGCCAGCUAGCCCCACCUCGACCGUACGGCCCACCUCGUCCUCGUCGUCGUCGACCGCGCCCGCGAGGCCCACGGGCAGCCUCACCGCCAGCACCAACGGCAUGUGCGGCAACACCACCACCUGCGCCGGCUCCACCCACGGCAGCUGCUGCUCCCAGUUCUAUUACUGCGGCGACGGCGCCGCCUACUGCAACGCCGGGUGCCGGUCCCAGUUCGGCGCCUGCUUCAGCGGCGCCGCUCCCCCGGACGACGGCGCCUCGCCUCCGCCGCCUCCGCCCGCUUCCUCCGCGGUGCCGCCGCCAGCCUCCACCGUCCGGCCCACCUCCGCGCCGCCCGUCUCUCCCGUGCGACCGACCUCCACACCGCCACCGGUCUCUGUGCCGCCGGUCUCUGUCCCGCCGCCGGUCUCCGUCCCACCCACGACAACCACGGCGGCGCCCACGCCGUCGGCGCCGGCGCCGGCGCUGCCGGCCGGGCAGCGCGCCACCACGGACGGGUCGUGCGGGAACAACGUCUCGUGCAUCGGGUGGGCCGGCGGUUCCUGCUGCUCGCAGUUCGGGUUCUGCGGCGAGAGCGACUACUUUUGCGCCAAAAUCGCCGGAUGCCAGCCCGCCUUCGGUACCUGCGCGGCCUAGAUUAUUUUUCCCCCGCGCUGCCAGGGGCUCUUUUUUUGGCUUUCCCGUUUUUACCGCGAGAUAUCCUCUCUGCGAUUUGGGAUGUUGUGUUUGUUGUGUUAUAAGAGGGUUUAAUUCUUCAUGGGGGAAGGCCGCGGUGUCGUCUUGCCAAAGACCCGCGGGAUUGCGCUGUUGGAUGGAGUGGAAGAGACGCGCAAGGGGGAAGCUUGGUCUGGUUUCUUUGAUGGGCUACCGAAGGAGUCUUGCCAAUAGCUCGUUUAAAUUUACUACUCGGUUUAAUUUACCUCUCUGUUUUUACCGUAGACGAAUUGGAACGCAGCCUCGAUGUGAUCCCCUUUUUCGAUCCUCCUCAUGGUCAGAGCAUGGCAACUGAUGACAAUGUCGGCUCCACGGCUCCACGACUCGAUUGCCCUUCUAGUCGGACCUGUGCUGCUGUCUUUCUGUUCAAAGUGGCUUCUAGAAUAUCCUUCAU